ACACACACACACACACACACACACAUGCACCGAGGCACGCUGACAGACAGACCUGCAAGCUGACUUGCAGCACAUUUACAGCUUCACUGAACUUGGCUCUCAAGCUGCCGUUUCUCUGACAGAAGAAAAGAAGACACACACACACACACACGCACGCGCACACACACACACACCUCUGUGGGAGAGCUCAGAUAAAGACGUGCCUUCAGUCUUGGAGUGGCGCUGUCACACACUGAUAUACAAAUACGCAUUUAGACAAAUACACAGGCACAGUCAGGGAGCCACCACACACACAUUCUCACAAAUUGACACACUCACUUAUAACACACACACACACAGGAGCAAACAGUCUCUCUCUCUCUCUCUCUCUCUCUCUCUCGCUUUCUUGCUCGCUCAACUGCUCCCCUCCUCUCCCCCCUUCUCUCUCUCUCUCUCUCUCUCUCUCUCCUCUCUCUCUUCCAUCCACACACACACACACCACUACAGUAUAUCAGCGAGUGACUAGCGGAGAGCCAGAGGGGAGUGCAGAAAUGAAUGUGAAGAUCCUGACGCUGGUGAUUGUGCUCUUGGUGUCUCUGCUGUGUUCUGCCAGUGCUGGUCCCAUGGCCUCCACGGAGCAUGGCAGAGAGCUGGAAGAGGCGGCUACGGUGAGAAAAGUGGUCCAGCAAAACCCUCCGAGGGGCGGUCAGACCCACAGACCAGCCGGCUGGAAGAGAAGACGCCCACGGCCCCGUCUCUCCCACAAGGGGCCCAUGCCGUUUUAGAGCAAGGCACUGUUCUGAGCGCCCUCCCCCAGGUUCUGAUUUCUAUGCUCUUCCUUUGCCUUGGGGGGCCUUGCAAUGAAGGGCCUACGCUUGCCCAGCCUGAAGAGUGAUGUCCAUAGCACCUGCUGGUUCUUCAAGCAACUCUGUCCACAAAAAAAAUCAGGACAAGCCGCUCACCCUCAGCUCUAGGAGGAAUUGGGGGCAGGGAAAGGGGGUGGGGGGUAUUGAGCCCGAGCUAUCAGACUCUAUUUCUCUGUCUCUCUUACUCUCACUCCUUCACUACUACUUAUCUAUCUCUGUCUUCUCCCAAGUAUUUUUUUUUUCUAUUAGUUGCUUAAUAGAGCCCGAUCAUAACGAUCUCCCUGAGUGUUUCACACACUUUGCAUGACAUGUGGUGAAGAGGGAGCCCGGUCAAAACAAUCCGAGUCUUAAAUGUCCCUUCUCCGUGACGCGGUGUUUCCGCGUCUCAGAUCCAUGGUUACUGCAGCCGCUGAUUUCAUUGCUGUGUAGCUACUUAACUUUUCUCGAGGGUGAGGGUGCUCAUCGUGCAGACGGGCCGUGUCAGCUGUACUAGAUGACAGGAAGUAAAUAUUAGGAAUCACUUAUGAUACUCUGGAUGUUGCUGCGAAAAGGAAUAAAAGGUUUUGUGUUCAAAAUGGACAAGCGAAGGCGUCACAUCUGAAUGGCAUCAUGCUCAUGACUUAGUUUUCAUUAUUAAUGGUGCUUUGUACCUCAGAACGACAGCAGGUUCACAUGCUAAGUAGGAGAUGGGCUCGAAAGAGAGCGCAUACUGUCAAAACAAUCGAUUUAAGUCACAGAAUAAUUCCUUUAUUCUUCAAUCCAAAGCUAUUUGGGUGUCUCUGAACUCAUUAACGCCUUGUAGGGAGGGAGGGAGGGGUUUACUGACGUGCUCAAGGUUACUGUUACAUGUCCCACCUUGGAUGAGUCCUUCGACCCCCAAUCCCGAUCCUAUUCCCAACCCCACAGCUUUCUCACCACAUCGCUGCCCUGCGCAGCUGCUCUACACGACUGUUAACUGGCGGUGGCGGUCCGCUCCACCGACGGGCCGGCUCGCCUUUUAAUGAAGUGCCAAAUAAUAACCUUCUCCACAAUGCUGCCAGGAACGAAGCGAAUGAAAGGUUAGGGAGAAACACAUUACCUCUCGUUUGAAGUCUUGAUACACUGAUACUCAUUAUGCAUUUUAAAUUAUUGCAAACAGAAAUCCCGUGUGAGACGAUGUUAGCAAGGAGGAUCAGUUAAAUUAGGGCAGAAAAAAAAGAAAGAAAGACGAAAAAAAAAAAAGAAUCAGUUUCAAAGCCGCCAUGAUCAGCCUACCACUAGUGCUCUGGCUGUUUUAAUAUUGAGCAUAUGGCUGGUUUUACCCUUUGACCUAUAUCUUUCACUGACGAAAUGCUAUGCCUUUCCAUCAUACUGGAAUAUAUUACUGUUAAUGUUUAUUUCUGUGUUCUAGUUUUAUUUCUUUUUCUCAGGGUGCUGUGAUAUAGGCUUGUACUAGAGCAGUCUAUUUUGUGCAUUUAUUUAA